GUGAGUCUUAUCGUAUACCCAGGUUUAUCAGACACUCCUUGUCUCUGUUAUACGACGCCGUGCACUCAUUGAGCGGAGGAGCUCUGUACCUCUUUGUCUCUCAAUUGAGCUCUUCCUGUAUUUGUAACCUUACCUGCUUUCCGUCUUUGCAAAACCUAAGUACCAUUUUCUUCUUUGAUUCGAGUAUUCGGCCAUGACUGAAGUGGCCAGCUCAGCGGUGCACGAGGUGCUCGGCCGCCGAGUCCAGGAUGUGGAUCAGCCAAUCAUCGAUUACAUCAUCAACGUCCUCGCCGAUGAUGAUUUCGAUUUCGGCGAGGAAGGUGAGGGUGCCUUUGAAGCUAUAGGUGAACUCCUCGUUGGUGCCGGCUGCGUCUCCGACUUCUCUGAAUGCCGUUUGGUUUGUUGUAAGCUAUCUGAAAAAUUUGGAAAGCAUGGGUUAGUAAAAGCAAAACCAACUGUACGGAGCCUUACGACGCCCCUAAGAAUGAAUGAUGGAAUGGAUGAGGAGGUUCCAGUGAAGAAGCCUGAGGUUAUGGAUGGUCCUGUUCUGUCUGAGCGUGACCGUGCAAAGCUAGAGAGGAGAAAGAGAAAGGAGGAGCGGCAAAGAGAGGCACAAUAUCAAAUGCAUCUAGCAGAAAUGGAAGCAGUUAGAGCUGGCAUGCCAGUUGUAUGUGUGAAUCAUGAUAUUGGUAGUGGACCAACCGUCAAGGAUAUUCAUAUGGAGAACUUCAGUAUCUCAGUGGGUGGCCGUGAUCUCAUUGUUGAUGGUUCAGUCACACUUUCUUUUGGAAGGCAUUAUGGCCUUGUUGGAAGAAAUGGUACUGGGAAAACAACUUUCCUCAGGCACAUGGCUAUGCAUGCUAUUGAUGGUAUUCCUGCAAACUGCCAAAUCUUACAUGUUGAGCAAGAAGUGGUUGGUGAUGAUACAUCAGCCUUGCAAUGUGUUCUGAACACUGAUAUUGAGAGAACCCAGCUUUUGCAAGAAGAAGCUCGUCUACUUGCACAACAGAGAGAAUUGGAAUUUGAGGGAGAAAAUGGAGAUCUCAAAGGGGAUCACAAUGGGGCAAUUGACAAAGAUGGUAUUGCACCAAGGCUUGAGGAAAUAUACAAAAGGCUUGAGUUUAUUGACGCAUACUCUGCAGAAGCACGUGCUGCUUCCAUUCUUGCGGGCCUCAGUUUCUCUCCAGAAAUGCAGAAAAAGGCAACCAAAACUUUUUCUGGAGGAUGGCGAAUGAGAAUAGCUCUUGCUCGUGCCCUUUUUAUAGAGCCUGAUUUAUUGCUACUCGAUGAACCUACAAACCAUCUUGAUCUUCAUGCUGUCCUAUGGCUGGAAUCUUACCUGAUGAAGUGGCCAAAAACAUUUAUAGUUGUUUCUCAUGCUAGAGAAUUCUUGAACACGGUCGUCACAGACAUUCUCCAUCUACAUGCGCAAAAGUUGAGUGCUUACAAAGGUAAUUAUGAUACAUUUGAGAAGACACGGGAGGAACAAAUUAAGAACCAACAGAAAGCAUUUGAAGCAAAUGAACGAUCAAGAGCCCAUAUGCAGUCCUUUAUUGACAAAUUUCGUUAUAAUGCAAAGAGGGCAUCUCUUGUCCAGUCACGAAUCAAGGCAUUGGAGCGAAUGGGUCAUGUAGAUGAAAUUGUUAAUGACCCAGACUACAAAUUUGAGUUUCCUACUCCAGAUGAUAGACCAGGUCCCCCUAUAAUAAGUUUCAGUGAUGCAUCAUUUGGUUAUCCAGGGGGGCCCAUGUUAUUUAAGAACUUGAAUUUUGGGAUAGAUCUGGACAGCCGCAUUGCAAUGGUUGGGCCAAAUGGCAUUGGGAAAUCAACGAUCCUUAAAUUAAUAGCUGGAGAACUACAACCAAGCUCUGGCACCAUCUUUCGUUCUGCUAAGGUUCGAAUUGCCGUGUUUAGUCAGCACCAUGUUGAUGGACUUGACCUGUCUUCCAAUCCUCUUUUAUAUAUGAUGCGCUGCUUCCCAGGGGUGCCUGAACAAAAGCUUCGUGCUCACUUGGGUUCUUUUGGGGUAACUGGAAAUCUGGCACUUCAACCAAUGUACACACUAUCUGGUGGUCAGAAAAGCAGGGUUGCAUUUGCAAAGAUAACUUUCAGGAAACCACAUAUAAUAUUGUUGGAUGAGCCAUCCAACCAUCUUGAUUUGGACGCAGUGGAGGCACUAAUCCAAGGCCUUGUCUUGUUCCAAGGAGGGAUUCUCAUGGUUAGUCACGAUGAGCAUCUAAUAUCUGGAAGCGUAGAGGAGCUAUGGGUGGUUUCACAAGGAAGAGUGACACCUUUCCAUGGAACUUUCCAGGAUUACAAGAAGAUACUCCAGUCAUCUUAAAACACAUUUUGUUGACUUCAUAGCUAUUCCUGCUGCAGUUGGCAAGGAGCAACAUAGAGAUUGAUUGCUGCUGCAAAUUACAUAAGAUGAUACAAGUACCUGCAACGGAACGGUUUUGAAUUUGUGUUUAUCGUCAUAAUUGGGAGUGGGUUAAUUUUUUCAUGCGAGAAUGAGCUUCAAUAGAGUCAUUUUGCAAAUGUUUUUAGCAACACAA